GUUGGAGAGACAGUACCAGGACCUGACGCAACAGCAUCAGGAGUUGGCAAAGCUCCGCCACAUGGUGCAGAGCCACGAGGAUGCGACUUGGGCACUCAAUGCCCGAUUGCUGGACCUGGAACAGGCUGUACCAGGACCAGCUGUUGGGGCUUCCAGCAGUGCACCCUCUAGCCGCCAACUGGAGGACCGUGUUGACCACGUAGUGGCAAUGCUCGGCGACAUCAGCACUUUCGCUGCGCCGACCACCACCAUCAGCAGUCAGCUGCAUACAUUGAAGACCGAGGUCCAGCAGCUGCAGACGACGAACGCGGAUGGCAACCCGAAGAUGUAUAAUAUGCCAACUUUCAAUCUGGAGAGGUUCGGCGACUACACGCAGCAGGAUCCGGUCCUCUGGUGGGAAGCAUUCACAACGCAACUCAGGAUUCUGCCCGUAGCCAAGCAUGCGUACAUCGGCGCCCUGUUCCUGAACUCAAAGGGCGGAUGCCAGACCUGGUUGAGCCACCUGGCAACCUCCCACGGCGUCGACGUACCAGACUUGAAGGACAAAAUCACAUGGGAGGAACUGACACGGCUGUGGAAGAAGCGGUUCAUCGUCGACGACGCGCCGRCACUCGCCAUCAACCGUCWRUUCACCAUGUCACAGGGCAACACUKCAACACGGGAYUGGCUCACSGAGUGGCAGAAGAUUGCGRCAGUGCCCAAUCYGGAYCUGCCUUUCACUCAUCUCAGACGUGAGUUCUACAACAGAUCCUGUGCGGCAUUGAGCCAGGCUCUUGGUGAUCGCGAGCAGUACUCAACCUUCGCUGAAAUCAUUGACAAGGCGAGGGAGAUCAUCAAGACCAACAGGUCAGCUGCACACGAGAAGUCACCAUGGCAGGAGAAGGUACGAACUGGUCCGCGACAACAACACUUCGCUGCAGUCCAGUCGGACAGUGGAGAUAACCCAACAGCCACUCCAGCAUCAAGUGACGGAGAUCAGGUGGCUGCUGUCCAGCCGCGAAGCAACAACAAGUUCUGCAACAAUGGGAAGGCGAAAUCCGCAUCGCAGGCCGGAACUGGACAGCCAGUACAAGUUCCAUGGGUCAAGUUUGGCUUGACCGAGGCAGAGUACAAGCUCGGGAAACUGAGCUCCACGAAAGGUGAUGCGACUCCACCUUCUACUCCGCCAGAUUCGGCUGCCUUGCUAGCGGCCUCCUGCACAUCUGGGGAGAACGCGAAUGUCGCAAGUUCUCGGUACACUUACGAGGACUAUGUUGUCCACUUGGUUCCACCGUUGGACCAACCGCUCCACGUGCAACAAUCCAUCGCAUGCACGGUUUCAUCACCAUCGGCAACCGAUUCGGCACCUUCGCCGCAAUCUAUCGCCGGGGAUUCGACGUCAUGGUCAAGACUUGAAGAAUUCGACCCAUUGACGUUCAUGGAUUUCCAGUGGAUGCCCGUUCCCUCGACGGGACGAUUGCUGAAACCGCAUUGCAACGUGCUCAUGGCACAAUUGCGUGAUUACUUGCACACUGCAGUACCAGCUCCGUUGAUGGACGCCGGAGCAGAGGUUGUCGACCUUCACGCUUACAUCGCGAAGACCGACCGCGAGUUCAAGACGCAACGGUACGACGACAUCGACGCAUCAUUGCUCUACGUACGCAUUCAGAUCGGAGAGGCGGCCUGCAGUGCCUUGAUCGAUUGCGGAGCAUCUCGCAACUACAUCAGCCAGGACUUCAUGGCACACGCCGGCCUUGGCCCACGUGUCCGGAGGAAGUCCCAGCCUACGCAAGUCACUCUCGCAGACGGUCAUACGCACGAGUCCAUCGACCGGUGCAUUGACGCCGUCCCAGUGUACUUUGCCCCUUGCGCAAGUGAGGCGGUGUCCUUUGACAUUCUGGACACCAAAUUCGACAUGAUCUUGGGCAUGUCAUGGCUGCGAAGCAAGGAUCACCCGGUGAACUUCUUCMACCGCACCGUUCACRUYCGUGAYCGGAACGGAGUAYUAGUUCCAUGCACGGUGCCUCUUCCUCAUCCUUCGAUCAGYUGCCACGUGGUAUCCGCCGCAAGCRUGCGAGCUUCCAUCAUCAGAGACGACAUCGAGGAGAUGGGGGUGUGUUUUCUCCAYGCCCUCCCGCCMCAUGACGCUUCAUCGACGGASUCACCUUCGGAUCCACGCAUCACCGAACUUCUCGACGCCUACAACGACGUGUUCGAAGGCCCGCACGGAGUAGUACCGGAUCGACCCAUCCGCCACGAGAUCAUCCUCGAGGACGAGGCCGUACCUCCGCGCGGUUGCAUCUACCGAAUGAGCGAGGAAGAGUUAAGUGCGCUCCGCGCACAACUCGACGACCUUCUAGAGAAAGGCUGGAUUCGGCCUAGCUCAUCGCCUUACGGUGCUCCUAUUCUCUUCGUCCGGAAGAAGAACAAGGACCUGCGGUUGUGCAUCGAUUAUCGCAAGCUCAACGCGCAGACGAUCAGGAACGCCGGCCCUCUCCCACGCAUCGAUGACCUUCUCGAGCGAUUGGGCGGCGCACAAUUCUUCUCUAAGCUGGAUCUCAAGUCAGGGUACCACCAACUCGAGAUUCGCAAGGAGGAUCGCUACAAGACCGCGUUCAAGACACGGUAUGGGCAUUUCGAAUGGCUGGUCAUGCCAUUUGGCCUUACGAAUGCCCCAACCACUUUCCAAGCGGCUAUGACAACGGAGUUCCGACACAUGCUGGAUCGGUUUGUACUCAUCUACCUCGACGACAUCGUGGUGUACAGCCGGAGUUUGGAGGAGCAUGUGGAACACCUGCGCACCGUUUUGGAGCGGCUACGACACGCCAAGUACAAAGCAAACCGCAACAAGUGCGAGUUCGCACUGCAGGAGCUGGAGUACUUGGGACACUAUGUGACGCCGCAAGGCAUCAAUCCGCUCGCGGACAAGAUCGAGGCCCUACGAGUGUGGCCCGAGCCCACCAACACCACGGACGUCCGUUCAUUCAUGGGAUUGGCGGGCUACUAUCAGCGAUUCAUCACCGGAUGCUCCAGGAUUGCUGCACCUAUGACGAGGUUACAGUCGCCAAAGGUGCCAUUCGUAUUCGAUGACGACGCACGCCGGUCAUUCCAAGCACUUAAGACGGCUAUGCUCAUGGCACCCGUCCUUAGCAUCUAUGACCCCACCCUGCCGACGCGAUUGACUACGGACGCUUUCGGCUAUGGCAUUGGGGCAAUCUUGGAACAGCACGAUGGCGACGACUGGCACCCUGUGGAGUAUUUCAGCCACAAAGUGCCUCCCAUCAACUCGCUUGAUGAUGCAAGGAAGAAGGAGCUGCUCGCAUUCGUGAUGGCUCUCAAGCGCUGGCGGCACUUCCUCCUUGGGCGUCGUAGGUUCACAUGGGUCACAGACAACAAUCCAUUGACCUACUAUAAGACGCAGGACACGAAGACUGUACCCCAGCUCUGUAGCCUCAAGAAAGAGAUCAAGGACCUUUCACGUAAUGUGUCUUAUCGGACCGAGGAUUUGAUUGCAGCAACUUCGACAGUAAGGCUUAUGAAGUCGUGCGGAUUGCCGAUCGUGGACCACAUGACAAAGACUCUGGAGACUACUUCAAACUGCCUGGCAUCGCUGAUGCCAUCCCGGGGGUCUGUUGCAACUUCCAGGAACAGCCAGUUCUUGCCGGCGGGGUUUGCGACACCAUGGUCAACUCCAGCUUCUAGUCCAACGAGGCAGCGUCAGAGCACCACCCCUGUGCAUUCGAGGAGUGCCAGCUCCCGAUGGCCAUUCUCAGGCGGCAACGAUGAACCGCUCGCGAACGACAGCGGCGCUGCCAGUGCUGAGGUGUCACCAUCGCCCCGGCGGAAGCUGUCGCAGUCGAUGUCAUCCAUACCGAUUACAGUGCCAAGAGGGGACGGCACGGCUAGCGGUACAAGUUUCGGCACUGCCCACGGUUACGGGUCGUCUCCUGUUCUAGAGAGAACCGGAUCCUUCAGUCUGCAGACUCUGCACAGCUCAUUGGACUUGCAUUCGGUGCUCAAUGCGACGGUAGGGAGCGUCGGAAGGCUUACCGGAUGGUCGAUGAGCCCCUUUUUUGAAGGGAGAAAGGAGGUGGCAACGACAAACAAUAGUAGUAGUCCUUUUGGUCCCUACCCAGCCGCAGGGGAACUUCAGGAGGAAGGGGACUCCAGGUUGGCUCCAUCUGCGGCGGGACAGCGGGAAUGCAGCAACAAUGGGCCCGAAGAUGUUGUGAGGGAGGCGGACGACCGGAGUAAUGAUCGCUGUGAUACCAGAGAGAGUUCGUGGGGUGCGGAUGGGAGAAGUGGGAUGGGGCAGGCGCAGCCGAGAAAUCAUGUGCGUGAUCGGUUCAGCAAAGAGCGCUGGCCCAGCAUGGGACAGGGGCAUGAGGGGGAUUGCAGAAUUGCAAGAAGGUAUGAUUGUGAUCCGCCGGCAGCAUCGGAGGCGGCAAACAGGGGGCUCUUAGGCGCAUGGAAACGGGUGAACGGAGUUGAGGACUUUGUUGGUGGCAAAGCGUCCCUGUUUACGGUUCUCAAAGAUGCCGCGAUUGGUGACACAGAGAUAAAGGGGAUUGGACACCUGCAAGCGUGGCUGGAUGAAGGAGACAUAGACUAGAACCUUCCAUGGGCAACACGCAUGGAUGAAUGGUUUGUCGCUUCUUCUCACUGUGAAUCCAUCCUUAUGAUGGAACUAAUAUUAGUGAGGGACAAAGAAAAAAGAACAAGGAAAAGAACAGGCUUGCUGCUGCCUGGCAAUCGAUCAUGUUCACGAACAUUCUUGAUUUCCCCUUUUUUUACCGUUGGGAUCAUUGAAGCUGAGGCUAGGGGAAAAAAAAUAAAGGGACUCCAUGAAAGAAAAGAGAGAAUGGAAGACGAAGGAAGAGAGAUGGCAGUCGACCACAUUCAUUGGACCAG